AUGGGGUGCGGCUCGAGCGUCCCCGCGAAAGGUCCGGGCCCCGCGCCGCGCCCCGCGAAGGGAAUCGACGGUUCCGUAAUAACGCUGGAGGGGAAAGCGACGAACGGGAACGGCGGUGACGGCACGAUCGUCGCCACCGUCGCGAGUGUGGUGCAGGAGACGUCGGCGGUGAAGCUGCUUCGACUGCGCGUGCCGACGAAGAGCGUAGAGGGCGGCGAGUUCGCGUUCAGACCCGGACAGUGGGUCGAUUUCUACGCCCCGGGCGUGGACAAGCCGGGGGGGUACUCGAUCGCGUCGUCCCCCGGGCAGCUCGCUCGCGACGGAACCUUCGACGUGGCGUGCAAGCAGUCCCGCACCCAAGGGACGUCGCACUGGAUCCACGACGGAGCCAAGCCCGGAGACGAGGUACGGGUGCGCGUCGGGGGCGAGUUUUUUAUGUCGCACGAGGACGGGGACGCCCCGCUGCUCAUGGUCGCGGGCGGCAUAGGCAUCAGCCCGCUGUGCGCCAUGCUCGAGACGAUGCUGGAGCGGAGUUCGAGUUCGCUCACCACAGCCGGGGGGGCGCGGGGCGAGGACGGGUCGGACGCGAACGGACGCGGCGGACGUCGCAGAAGGCACCUUCGGGCGGUGUUGCUGUACAGCGAGAAGACCGAGCACGCCCUGAGCGGCAGGGUGCGGGAUAUGGCGCUGAGAAGCGACGGCGCGUUCGAGUGCGUCUUUCACCGAACCGCCGCGGGCCGAGACACCGUCGCCGCCAAGGCGCAGUUCGAGGCCAUGACCACCGCGGAGCUCCACGCGCACCUUCAAUCGGUGGGCAUGGACCUCGGCCUGGACAUGAUGACCAAGCCGGAGCUCGUCGACCUGGCGGUGGCGAGUUUAACCGUCGUCCCCAACGCGUCGUCCACGCCGGCGUCACCCGCAAAAAACCAAAAAACCAAAAAACCAAAACACCAGGCGGAGGAGGCGGAACAGUGGGACGAUUCCGACACGUGCGGCCAGGGCGCGAUCACUCGCGACGGACGAAUCGAUAAGAAGGCACUCGGGAGGGCGAUCGACCGGCUGCGCGCCGCGGCGGUGAGCGAGGGUAGGUCCGGGACGGACGUGGUCGCGUUUCUGUGCGGUCCGCCGAAGAUGUCGGACGCCAUGGAGAAGACGCUGUUGAAGCUGGGUCUGCCGAAGCGAAGCGUGCGCCUGGAGCGGUGGUGGUGA